CAACCUUGCUUCUUCUUUCCCUACUAUCAUCUAAUCUCACCUGACACACUUCCAAAUCAACCAUGGCCGAACCAGAAGUUGUCGCCGAAGGAGAACAUGAUCCUCAAUUCGAACCUGUCAUUAAAUUGACUGAACAAGUAGAAGCUAAGACUCAUGAAGAAGAUGAAGAAGUUUUGUUCAAAAUGCGUGCGAAACUUUUUCGAUUCGCAAAAGAAGAAUUGGAGUGGAAAGAGAGAGGUACAGGAGAUGUUCGUUUGCUCAAACAUAAACAAUCGAAGAAGAUCAGGUUGGUCAUGAGGCGGGAUAAAACGCUCAAGGUCUGCGCCAAUCAUCUGAUCACUUCAGAGAUGAAACUCUCCCCCAAUGUCGGUUCGGAUCGUUCGUGGGUAUGGAACGCGGCCGAUUACGCAGAAGCGGAAGAAGGUGUCGCAACUUUGCAAACUCUCGCCAUCCGUUUCGGUAAUGCUGAGAACGCUAACUUGUUCAAACAAGCGUUCGAAGACGCUCAAGAGCACAAUCUCAAACACGGAGAUACGGCAGUUCUACCCGAGGCUCCUGCAGCUGAGGAAGACAAGGAUGAGGCUGGUCAAGAUGAACCUACACCCGUGGCUGUCAAUGAAACCGCCCCUGCCGCAGAAGCCGAACAUCCCAAAGAGGAGGAAAAGGCUGCCGACACCGCCGAGGCUCCAUCAACUCAUAAUCCCGCACCUGCCGAAGCUGAAGCCGCACCCGCUGCCGAAGAGGUCGAGGAGACUGCCGAGGUAAAAGUUGAGGAGACUGAGAAGAAAGAGUAAUCAAGGGAGUGGAGAUCAUUCAUCACGAUAGGUUAUGUGAACCGCAUGAAUUUGUUAUCACGUCG